AUGACACUGCAGAUGGACGGUGCUACAAAUCCCUCCUUGCCGUCGCCGUCUGUUCUCCCACUACGUGGAAGGCCACCGUCGACCACGGUCUCAUGGCCCAAGACGAUCCGCCUCCUGCCAGAUGGCCAACUACAGGCGCUGGUCCAUCACCAUGAGAUGCGCUCCAUGGUCAGCGGAAAACUGUCAUGCUGGACAUACAUCUCCAAAGGCCUCGCCAAGCUCGGCCAGAAGGAGGUUAUCUUCACUGUGCGACGGCGGGCAGCUGUCGAAGCCGUUACCGACUUUCCUGUCGGCCCCCUCGAAUGGUUCGGCAUGCUGCACGCGCUGGCUCACGACGGACAGAUCGUGGAUCAGUUCCAUCAGACGCGCUUCGCCGAGCCCUCACCAUUGCUGGAUCGCCUGGACGUUCGGCUCAUCAUCUACUACCCGCCGUUAGAGCUAAGCGGCGUGCCCUUCUCAAUCAUCCCGCCGGACAGACUGCAUGCCAUUCCUCUGACAGCCUCCGAAGCCAAGGUCGCGCAGUCGUACGGUGUCAUGCGUGCCAUCUCGCAUCUCGGCUCUUCUGAGCGAUAUUUUCCAGUCAUGCCGUGGAUAGACCGUGAUCGGCCGGACUGCAUAACAAUGGCGCAGAUGAGCGGCUCGAUCAGGGACGAACUGCCCAUGCAUAGCUUCCUGGGGGUUAGUUGCGUCCAGAGGGGGUCCAGCGUAAGUCUCCAUAUCCCGCGCAGCGCAGAGGACGAGUUAGCAGCCAGACUGGAAGCGUUGCCGACAUCCGCCGUGGUUUCUCUCGAUUGCUUCCCCUACGAGAAGUCGGACUCAGGCAUGGUGUGGCGUCAGGGGUUGACUUCAUCGCCUCGGGCUUACGGAAUCGGCGUGUCGUGCAUGAGCUUUGGGUUUGUUGUAUUCUGUCCCGAGCAGGACGCAGACGAACUGGAGCGCGUGGAGGAUGGUAUCAUUCUGGAUGUAACCAACUCGACUUGGGAGAGGAUUCGCAACGCGUUGCUGCAACACACGCCCCUGCAGAUCGCCUUUGGUAACCUGCGGCUCUCUCUGGAAUAUGAGGCCUAUGCAUCGCAGUCACAAGAGAGCAUGGAAGCCAUGUCCGAGCGCGCUACUCCGUUGUUUGCAUUUGGCGGACGGCCUCCCCAGUGGGCAUUACAGCUCACCGGGGACGCGCCAGUUGCAAGCCCACCCACAAUCCCGAUCUCACUCAAACCAUUCUCCCCAGAACACUGUGCCCUGGACCUUCGCUCCACUAGUCGCGAGAAGCAGUUGUCGGAAGACAGCCGGCGGAUACCGGUGAGAGCAUCUCUUUAUGAACUGAGAAUGGACAAGGAAAAGGGCUGCGAUAAGUGCGACAUCCUGUAUCGGGCGAUCACAGCGUAUCUGCCAUUCGUGGACGAAGAACACAGUGUGGUUCUGCAUUUUGCCUCCAAGAAAGUCGGGCUUAUUUGCGCCGUGCAGUCUCUGGGAGGGCUGGCUCCGAUUCUGGGGUUUUCUGUUCGCGAAGAAGGAAAAUGCCAUUGGCUUACGUCCAAUAACUCGGCCGCAUCGACUGAGGUCUCCGUCGAUCGCCUCGCGGAGGUUCAGCACUGGAUGAGCUCGUGCCGGACUAGCCAUUCAGCAUGUAAAAGUCAGCGCCAGCUUGAUCCUCCAAUGCGAGUCCUAGACCUGGGCACGGUCGAACAGACCCAGGCGCGUAUUCGACUAUGUGAGCCGAAGACAUCAGGAGAGCCAUACGGCACUCUAAGCCAUUGCUGGAUUUUUCACGACGGGAUCACGACCACGAAGGGGCGUCUUCGCGAGUACACAACGCUUGGUAUUGAAGUGCCACAGCUGCCGCAGUCAGUGCAGGUUGCCAUUCAAGUCUUAAGAUAUCUCGGGAUCCGCUAUCUAUGGGUGGAUGCUCUCUGCAUCAUCCAGGACGAUGAUGAAGACUGGAGAUCCCAAACCGCAAGAAUCGCCGAAAUAUACGAGGCCUCGGACCUCACAAUCGCCGCCUCCGGCAGUGGGAGCUGCGUCGAAGGGUGCUUCAUGAACGAAGGGUCCAAAUAUCCUGUUAGAAAAUUCCGUUGGCCUGGUGUGGGUGGUCUAGGCGGCUAUGUCGUGGAGGCUGGGUACAGCUUCAUACAUACCCCAUUCUACGAGGGAAUGAAGCGAGAGGAACACUUGACCAUGCUACAUCGCGCCUCCUCUGUUCACCAGGAGCGAGGAUUCUCCCGCCGCAUUCUUUAUGUGGGCGCCGACGAAUUGGUAUACAAGUGUCGGGAAACAUGCCAAUGUGAAUGUGGGUAUCAGAUUGAGUAUUAG